AAAGGAAAUUUCUUUUUAUUUUAAAUCUUCAACAUUUUAGAAUUGUUUUGUUUGGGAAAUAAAUUCAAUGGAAUCUUCAACAUUAUUUGUAUCUCCUAUAAUGAUUGGACCAAUGUUGCCGUUGUGAUCAACCCUGUGUAUCCAAUAAAGAUACACUACCAAAACCUUCCCUCUUGUGCUUCUAAUGCGCCCCAGUUUAUAAAAAAGAGGGGGAAAGGUGAUUGUUGAUAGUCCACGUGACCUUUAAAUAAGUUUUAUUAUUUGUUUUUCUUUUUUCCCUUCUUGUGCAUACAAUGUCAUCGAAUGGCAACACUAAUUCAAAAAGAAAGCCAUUGCUGCCUCUUCACAUCGAUACCGCCUCCUUCACAACUGGACAACCGACAACAAAUACAUACCUAUGGAAACGACUUGUGAAUAAACGGCAUCUACCCAUCAUUCUCUUUAUCAUCCUUUCUCUUAGCUUAUUCUUUAAUCUCGUACAGCAUCGUAAACAACAAACACCCGGAUAUUUGAUAAACGCACAAGAAUUCUUACCUCCUUUACCCUUAUCUUCACAACAACAUGCCGUUAUUGUAGCAGGUCAUGCCAUCUAUAUAGGCCCCCAUGAUCCUGACCAACUCGGCAUAGAUGCCAACUGGAUUCUAGAACCCUUUCAAAAAGGUGGUCAAGUAAAGACAUUUGUGGACCAUAUCAAAAGAGGCAUCGAUAUCUUGAAGCAGGACGAUAAUGCUGUGCUGAUCUUUUCUGGUGGAGAGACAAGAGCUAGUGCUGGGCCUAGAUCCGAAUCAUUUUCUUACUGGAAGAUUGCUCAGAUACUGAUACAGGACGAACCAAACAAUUUGAACUUGCGCGAUAGGAUGAUCACAGAAGAAUUCGCUAAGGACUCACAUGAAAACUUGCUGUUUUCCAUCUGUCGCUUUUCUGAAAUGACAGGGGAUUAUCCAACAAAAGUAACCAUGAUCGGAUUUGAGUUCAAGAGAGAACGAUUUGAAAAGAUACAUAGAUUAGCUAUUGGAUACCCUGCUAAACAGUUUGAGUAUAUUGGUAUUGAUCCACCUGAGGGUGAUCCCGAAAGUCGCAAAAAGGGUGAAUAUGAAAACUCAUAUCAUCCCUUUGAGAGUGAUCUCUAUGGCUGCCAUGGCAGUUUGAAGCAGAAGAAAAUGAAUAGAAACCCAUUUAGAAGAAGACAUCCAUAUGCUUCCUCCUGCCCUAUACUUGCUCCCCUUUUCAAUUAUUGUCCUUCUGAUAAUACUCUUUACAGUGGUCAUUUACCUUGGAAAGUUUAAUUACCUCCUUCUUUGUGUGUCAAUUUAAUUAAAAGGGCAACACAUUUAUCAUUGUGCAUAUUGCCGCGGAUGAACAGGGUUCAAUUGAAAAGGACAUUCCUUAUUUUCUUUUUCUCUUUGAAAUCAGUAAAGUGAGAGAGAGAGAGAGAUAAAAGUAUUCUUCAUUUUAAAUUGAUACAGCAUCCUUUCUCUUUUGUUCUCUGGUUGCUUGUUUCAAGUACAUGAGCCUUGAUAAAAUCGGAAGAGAAGAUUUAAGGUUUAAUUAGAUCCCGAGGUGUUAAAGAAUGCAUUGCUGUUAUGGACAGCACAUUAAAUUCACGGUACAAUUAGCCUUUUGGAGGGCUUUCAUUGUCAUAUUUUGAUUUG